AUGGGAGCUUUCGUCUGUGUGUCGUCAGAUGUGGAUACAAGGAACACUGAUGAAGACGUCGUCAGAGACUGCUUCAUUGACGGUUUAUGGGACGAUGUUGGAGUUGUGGACCACGUGGGUGCUGCUAUUGUUGCUACAGUAGCUGCUAUUGUUGCUACAGUAGCUGCUAUUGUUGCUACAGUUGCUGCUAUUGUUGCUACAGUAGCUGCUAUUGUUGCUACAGUUGCUGCUAUUGUUGCUACAGUAGCUGCUAUUGUUGCUACAGUUGCUGCUAUUGUUGCUACAGUAGCUGCUAUUGUUGCUACAGUAGCUGCUAUUGUUGCUACAGUAGCUGCUAUUGUUGCUACAGUAGCUGCUAUUGUUGCUACAGUAGCUGCUAUUAUUGCUACAGUAGCUGCUAUUGUUGCUACAGUUGCUGCUAUUGUUGCUACAGUAGCUGCUAUUGUUGCUACAGUUGCUGCUAUUGUUGCUACAGUAGCUGCUAGUGUUGCUACAGUAGCUGCUAUUGUUGCUACAGUAGCUGCUAUUGUUGCUACAGUUGCUGUUAUUGUUGCUACAGAUGCUGCUAUUGUUGCUAUAGUAGCUGCUAUUGUUGCUACAGUAGCUGCUAUUGUUGCUACAGUAGCUGCUAUUGUUGCUACAGUUGCUGCUAUUGUUGCUACAGUAGCUGCUAUUGUUGCUACAGUAGCUGCUAUUGUUGCUACAGUAGCUGCUAUUGUUGCUACAGUAGCUGCUAUUGUUGCUACAGUAGCUGCUAUUGUUGCUACAGUUGCUGCUAUUGUUGCUACAGUAGCUGCUAUUGUUGCUACAGUAGCUGCUAUUGUUGCUACAGUUGCUGCUAUUGUUGCUACAGUAGCUGCUAUUGUUGCUACAGUUGCUGCUAUUGUUGCUACAGUUGCUGCUAUUGUUGCUACAGUAGCUGCUAUUGUUGCUACAGUAGCUGCUAUUGUUGCUACAGUAGCUGCUAUUAUUGCUACAGUAGCUGCUAUUGUUGCUACAGUAGCUGCUAUUGUUGCUACAGUAGCUCCUAUUGUUGCUACAGUAGCUGCUAUUGUUGCUACAGUUGCUGCUAUUGUUGCUACAGUAGCUGCUAUUGUUGCUACAGUAGCUGCUAUUGUUGCUACAGUAGCUGCUAUUGUUGCUACAGUUGCUGUUAUUGUUGCUACAGUAGCUGCUAUUGUUGCUACAGUUGCUGCUAUUGUUGCUACAGUAGCUGCUAUUGUUGCUACAGUAGCUGCUAUUGUUGCUACAGUAGCUGCUAUUGUUGCUACAGUAGCUGCUAUUGUUGCUACAGUUGCUGCUAUUGUUACUACAGUAGCCGCUAUUGUUGCUACAGUAGCUGCUAUUGUUGCUACAGUAGCUGCUAUUAUUGCUACAGUUGCUGCUAUUGUUGCUACAACUGUUGCUGCUAUUGUUGCUACAGUAGCUGCUAUUGUUGCUACAGAAGCUGCUGUUGUUGCUACAGUAGCCGCUAUUGUUGCUACAGUAGCUGCUAUUGUUGCUACAGUGGCCACUAUUGUUGCUACAGAAGCUGCUAUUGUUGCUACAGUAGCUGCUAUUGUUGCUACAGUGGCCACUAUUGUUGCUACAGAAGCUGCUAUUGUUGCUACAGUAGCUACUAUUGUUGCUACAGUAGCCGCUAUUGUUGCUACAGUAGCUACUAUUGUUGCUACAGUAGCCGCUGCCUAG